AUGCUAUUAUCACCUGAGCAGUUCUCGCGACUCAGCGAAUACGCGGCUUGUAAGAAUGACAUAACACCUGCGAAAACAUAACGAACGACGCGUUUCAGACUCUCGCAGGAAGCUGAAGGAUAUGCUGAGCGACUUUCAGCAGGACGGAAAGUUCUAUUCGUACCUGUCCGUCGAUGGGCAAGUAAGUCUAAUCGUGUUCUUUUUCGGAGCAAAACUCAGGCGGAGGAAGUUAUUCCGGCGGACCGCCGAGUUCAUUUUCCGUCGGCUAACCCAAUUGUCUCUCCGUUUCUCCCCGCCCGCUCGCUCGCACGGUGUUUUUUGUGUCCCCGAAGUCUUUCGUAUUCGUCGUCCGGUCUGACGUGCAGCGCCCGUAUCAAAAUUGAAGUAGCGGAAAUUGAUGCGUUUUCUGUUUGUGGCGCGCGCUGAAAAAUGAUGAGGUGACAUGCGAUAGGAAGGAGAAAACGUGAAGGAGGAGAAGCGCUAAAGGAGAGCCAAACGAGGGCUCCGUCGCAACUCCUCUGCAGAUUCAUUAGCAAUUGGCUAGUGUUUAUCAAGUGGCCUUUCUCUGCAAGCGACGCGCUUCGUUUUCUAUCAUCAUGGAAUGCACGAUUGAAUGCAUUUCAGAAAGAUAAUUGGCAAUUGUUUCAGACUAUAAAUAUCGAUGGGUUUCGUGCUUUUCUCAUCGACUAUUUCGGGGCGGAUCUUCCUAGUGAUCUCGUUGAUCAGUUGUUUCUUUCUUUCUCGAAGCCGCCCAUCAAAGAGCGACGCACUAGUCUGUUCGAGGAUGCGAUUUCGACUGUCAAGGCAAAAUUCACUGAGUCGCUCUCCGGGAGAAUGGCCGGAUUGUCGAUUGCAAGUGGAUCGGGACAGCAGACGGACCGGAGUCAAAGCAGUGAACCACAGGCUCUUGUGUGCAUUCCUGAAGACGGUUGCUGCCCAAAAAAGAAUUUAUUAUAACAUAAAUUCGUUUCAGAUGUGAUGGGUCCGAAGCCAGCGAGCAGUGGAUCUCAAGAACCACGAAUCCCAUUGAAACCACUCAUUUGCACCCUUUCUCUUCUGGAGGCAGACACGCCCGAGAACAAGUUGGAUGGUAAGGUCAUCUUGAAGGAUAAAAUAUAACGAAUUCCCUUUGCAGUGGUCUUUCACAUCUAUGAUUCCGAUGCCAACGGUUUCUUGGACAAAUCUGAAAUUGACGGAAUUAUUGAGCAAAUGAUGAAUGUGGCGAGAUACCAACAAUGGGAUACAAUUGAGUUGGAGCAGGUGAGAAAAGAAAAGAACGGCGAAAACAGAGUUUGUUUUCAGAUUAUCCGUCAAAUGAUGGUUGAUAUUGACUAUGACAACGAUGGAAUUGUAUCGUUUGACGAAUGGAGGAGAGGAGGACUCACAAACAUCCCACUGCUUGUUCUUUUGGGAUUUGACACUGUGAGUCACUUCUUAAAGGACCAGGGAACCCAAAAAUUUUUUGAGUUUUUUGUGAAAUGUUUUUGUGACUGUUUGAAUUGUCUCUUAUUGCCUCAUACACUGGUGAAAUGCUGCCUCUCAAAAAUGCCAAUGAACGAAACGGCAUGCAGUUGAAGUUGUGGCCGUGGCUUAGCGCCAAUGGCCGAAAAAUAUAUAAAAAUAUAUGCGCUUCUCGGCCAUUUUAUUUUUUCCGCUUUUUUACCGGUUUUUUUCCAAAAAUUCUCGGUUUCUGUCAUUUUUCAGUUGAUUGACAUUAGUUCGGCGCUUACUUAUUUUUUCACUGCUAAAAAAUUGUAUUCAUUCAAUCGAUAUGAAGUGCCAAAAUGGGAGAAACCGUGAAUUUUUGGAAAAAAACCGGUAAAAAAGCGGAAAAAAUAAAAUGGCCGAGAAGCGCAUAUAUUUUUAUAUAUUUUUCGGCCAUUGGCGCUAGGCCACGGCCGCAACUUCAACUGCAUGCCGUUUCGUUCAUUGGCAUUUUUGAGAGGCAGCAUUUCACUAGUGUAUGAGGCAAUAAGAGACAAUUCAAACAGUCACAAAAAAAUUUCACAAAAAAAUCAAAAAAUUUUUGGGUUCCCUGGUCCUUUAAAGGGUCAAAGGCAACUGGCAUUCUGCAGGAAAUGAAAGAGGACGGUUCGCAUGUUUGGCGUCUCCGUCACUUCACAAAGCCCACGUAUUGCAAUGCGUGCUGCAGUAUUCUGGUUGGAUGGGGAGGCAAGCAGGGACUCAGUUGUUCAUGUGAGUCAUUCCGAAGAGCUGAGUUCAUCUAAAACCACUUUCAGUGUGCAAGUACACAGUCCAUGAACGGUGCGUCCGAUCAGCAGCUACGAACUGCAUCAGGACUUUCUCCAGUAGACAACAGGGUGCGUAGAAACAGUGUUCGAGUGAAACUUCUGAGCCUUUCAGACAAACUUUACCAUCAUUGGCAAGACGCGAAUGCAACGGCGAAAUGCGUGAAGUGUAGAACUACAGUGGGAGUAUUCCAAGGAAAAGGAUGCAGAUGGUGUCACAACUAUGUGAGCAUCCCCUCGUGAAUUCCAUCUUCCCCUUGCUUCCAGGUCCAUCACCGAUGCAUGUCUUCUCUCGCUCAAGAGUGUGAUCUCGGUGCUCUCGUUCAUCACAUUCUCCCGCCCACGCACAUCUUUCCCGCUUUUCUCGAACGGAAAACGUCGACCUCCGUGAAGAAUCACAACUUCGGAUCGCACAGUGCCAGUCUUCUGCAGGCGAUUUCUCCGAGCAAUGACUGUCGUCCUCUUCUUGUUCUUGUGAACCCGAAGAGCGGCGGGAAGCAAGGCGUGAAAAUACUCCAGAAGUUUGAAUAUCUUUUAAACCCGAGACAAGUGUAUGACCUGAGCAAAACAGGACCGGAGCCUGGAUUGCAACUGUUCUCCACACUCAAAAACUGUAAUAUACUCGUGUGCGGAGGAGAUGGAACAAUCGGAUGGGUGCUCGAGUCAAUGGAUAAGAUGACGUUCCCUAAUGGCAGACCUCCAGUCGCCGUGCUUCCUUUGGGAACUGGCAAUGAUCUGGCAAGAUGUCUCCGAUGGGGCGGAGGCUACGAGAACGAGAACUUGCACAAGAUACUCGAGCAAAUCGAGAAGUCCAGCCUCAUCGACAUGGAUCGCUGGCAGAUCAAGAUUGAGAUCACGGAGAAUAAGAAUAACAGAAGAGCAAGCGAGAAAGGUGAUACUCCUCCCUACAGUAUCAUCAACAAUUAUUUCUCUAUCGGAGUGGUGAGUUUCUUCCUGAAGUAUCUGAUUACCCUUUCGUGAUUGCAGGAUGCCUCGAUUGCCCAUCGAUUCCACGUCAUGAGGGAGAAGUUUCCAGAAAAGUUCAACAGCCGAAUGAGGAAUAAAUUGUGGUACUUUGAGUUGGGAACGAGUGAAACUCUUUCAAGUUCAUGCAAAAACCUUCACGAGCAGAUUGAUAUUCUGGUUAGGGGAACAUUUGAGUGUAACAUUUAUAUGCGAGUAACUUUAGUGUGACGGCGAAUCCAUUGAUCUUGGCCAAGACGCGUCGCUCGAAGGAAUUGCACUUCUGAAUAUUCCGUCCAUUUACGGAGGCUCGAAUCUUUGGGGCAGAAGCCGGAAAUCAAAAGGAAGAAUGCCCGGUCUGUUUCCGAUUAAAAACACGGAGAAAAUGCAACUGCAGACAAGAGUGCAGGACAUUGGAGACGGGCUGAUCGAGGUGAGAACGUUUCCGGAUUCUCGUGGUCACUUAUUCUCAUUCCAGUUGGUCGGAUUGGAGUCUGCCAUGCAAAUGGGGCAGAUAAAAGCGGGCGUCCGGGGAGCGAGACGUCUUUCGCAGUGCUCCACCGUCGUCAUUCAGUGAGUGCUCCGUAAUGAGCACCAAUGCAAUUCAUAUUUCAUUUCCAGAACCCACAAGUCUUUUCCAAUGCAAAUUGACGGGGAACCGUGGAUGCAACCUCCGUGCAUCAUCCAGAUAACGCAUAAAAACCAGGCGAAAAUGCUAGUUGGUGAGUGUUUUCUGCCUUUUUUAUCAUUCUCAUCGAAUGUUUCUCAGCUUCAGCUCCUCGCAAACGCAGCUCUUGGAUGCUCCUGAAACGUCAGUCGACGAACGACGAUUGA